GAAGCAUUCCACCAGUCUGCAGUCGUAAGAAGACGAAGCUCGCGGAUAUACGGUCGGACGCAAUGAAACGUUUCUAUUUCUUAAAACGCCCGCAGCUCUGGCCUUAGAGAACCCGGGAGCUGAAAAAUGGCGACCGAUGGCCAUAUCGAAUCCGUCCACCAAACUGCGAAUGGCAAGAUCCAUGCCCCAUUGGGUCAUGACGCAGCAGCAGCAGCAAGCAGAUCAGCAGCAUCGUCGACCGCCGACGCCCCCGAAAAUCCCGCCGCCGUCGCUCUCCGGGGACUGUGGUGACCCCGACUACGAGAUCAUCGAGUUUCCGACCCGACCGCAAGCCCAGGCACCCUCGACGCCCCGAUCGAACGCCGGUAAGUGCGCCCUGUGCGGCAUCGAGAACGUGUUCGCGCGUUGCGACACGUGCAACGAGAACUACUGCGAGGCCUGCGACGACAUGAACCACAAGCACCCGAAACGGAGGGGCCACGUCCGCCGAAGGAUCCUGACCGACAACGCGAGCAGAAGCAGACCGCCGCUCCCGCCGAAGGGGGAGAACCUGUUGAAUCCCCCGCCCGUGCCACCGCCGCGGAGGAAUCGCAAGACCACUCAGGCUAAAUCGGCGCUAAUCAAAGGAUCUGCGCAACUCCCUUUGCUCGACAAGGUCGGGAGCUUGAAGCGCAAUUUUUCCAAUGCGAAACCGCCGUCGGACUCGAGCGCAAGAGUAUCGAAAUCUACGAGUACUUUAAACACAUCUUCCAACGAUGCUUCUGGAUCAGGAACAGACAAAAUGACUACUCUACAGGAGAGAUAUAGAAAAUAUCAAGAAGUGAUGAGGGCUCAAGACGCGAAUAGGCGACGACACCCGUCCGCUGAUACGAGGGAUACUUUGAGUGGGAGACCACUCAGCUUAGGCAGUCCGAAACCGGCACCUCCACUUCCACCUCCGCCGCCACCUAGAACCAUGAUACAAUCAGCCAGCGUUUGCGACUUGACCGCAGCUCAUAUGUGGAAUUCAGGAAUGCAUCAGGCCCAAUCGAUGGCACAUCUCGGCCCCGGCGGCGUACCGAUGAUGUGGUACCCGCCGGGCAACCCCUGGGAUAUGUCGAUGGGAGGCUCCAACGUGAGCCUGCAUCAUCCAAACGCGUGGGGAUAUCCCGUGAGCUAUCCGUCAGUGCAAAUGCUACCUCCGCAUUAUCCAGGAUCUCUUUCUAGAGGGCACAGUCCGGCCAGAAGCGUCAAAUCCAGCAGAAGAUCGAGGCCAGCGUCUCCGUCUCCCAGCCUGAAAUCCAAGAAGUCUUACGCUUCGAGACCGCGAUCGAGGAGGUCGCCCGGGUCACCGUCGGACGCAAGCUCCGAGAACUCCGACGAGUCCGAUGUGGACGACAGACUUUCCCGCGGAUCCAGAAGUAGACGCGGUAGCGUCCCCAGAAGCAUACGACAACGAAACUAUCAUGACGAAGAUACCAGAAGUCUCGUGUCCAGAGGUCGACGAGAGAGAUUAAUAUCUGAGGAGAGAAUGACGAAUGCCGAGGACCAAUGGUCUGAAAGUCCGUCCAGUAAACGAUACUCGACGUCUCCGAGAAGCUAUGACGAAUUACAAAAGAGCAACACUAUCUCUUCUGGACGGCGUUACAACCACGAUGACCGCUCGGCUUCCAAGGUGGAUCCUCGGCUGGAUCGCGUACAAAACGGAACUUAUCGCGACCGCCGAAGGCGAAGUACCGACGACGAGUCCUCCGAUCGAAAAGUUAACACACCAGGUCGAGCACGAGUUACGAGCUCUUCUGACGAUCAUUUUGAGAGGGUGGAGAACGCUUUGAAGAGGGCGUCGUCCCUUCGAAGGGACAUAAUGCUGGACGAUUUGGAACGAUCCUCUACUCGUCGCGAUUCUCGUAGAUCGUCCUUCGAGAGUGACGGUCAGAUCAGAAAGACGCCUUCUCGUGAUGUAGCUUCCCCGAAAAGAACACCCGGAGAAAGAACGCGUCUCCUGGAAAGACAGUCUUCUCAAGGAGGACAUUCAAAUAGGGAUCGCGCGAACAUGGAUGAGAUCGAAUCACGCUCGACAAGAAGAGAGCAGCAAACGCGCGAUGUCUCGCGAGAGCGCGAGCUCCUCGCGAGAAGAGAGUCGUUCCGACGAAAGGACACUCUUGACGAUCUAGACCGGACCUCCAACAAACGAAGUUCCGGCAGAUCCUCGUUCGAAUCCGACAAUCAAGGCUCUAGAAAAACGCCCUCCAAGGAAAUCCCAAUAAAAAAACAGGAGGACAAGGAAGAUCGAGACCUGCCUAAAACGGGUGAUCUUCAAGUUACAGAUCGUCAGCGAUCGAUCGAGGGCCGUCAGUCGAAGGAUUCGGUACGAACUGCCGAAGUUCAACCGAAGAAACAGGGUAACGCUGAGACUAAACAGCAGACGCGAAUAUCUCAGCUUGAGAAGGAGCCAAAGGCAAAGAGAGACACAGUUGAAAGUACGAGUGCGUCGUCCAAGAAAAUCGACGAGAUGGAAAUUCCAAAAGAGGAAUGGGCUUGCGAGCAUUGUACUUUCAUCAACAAGAUCAACGAUCGCGUCUGCGUGGUUUGCUGCAAGACGAAGAGCAGCGCUCUGCCACCGAGCGUCUCAAACGAUGACCCCGCGGCCGCGGCCGCCCCGAUCGAGCCACGAGCGAAGAACGAGGCGUCGAACAACGUCGCCGAUCCCGAGAAGCGGACCAAGAAGAUCUCCAACAGCGAAGAGAGCGGCGACAGCGGAUCCGUCAAGAAUAAAGAAGCGAUUGUUCCAGACAAUGAUUCUCUCGUAGAGAACGCUAAAACUACGAUCACGGCCGUAGCUGCGCAAGCAAAAGAAGCGUCAACAGACGCAGCAUUGCCGGUCGAUGAGAACUUGUCGUUAGAAGCAUCGUCCUCGGCGUUAACGUCUUCUUCGAUUGCAAAUACUUCUAAAGCGGACACAAACGCGACGCCACGCGAGGAAAGGAUUCGAGGAAAACUUUCGAAGAGCCAUUCGGUGUCUACGGGAACAUCUCCUCCACCGCAAAAUAUCUCGACCCAAACUUACGACUAUCUCCCUGCAAAAGGGACUCUCGGAAGAUCCGCGUCGGUAGGAACACCAAAGAGUUACUUAUAUUACGACGAUAGCGAUGGUGAGACGGAGCAUUUGUUUCAGGAACAAGCCGGAUUCGUAAACAGUCCCGAUUUGUAUCCGCGAGCGUUGCAGGAACAGUAUCUUCAGCAGCUGAUAACCGGGCAGAGGAGCAGAGAGCGGACCAGAAGAAACUCCAUCGACUCGUCUCACCUUUAUUAUCGUUCCAGGGAACCCAGCCAAUCGAGAUACGCGGAGGCAGGUCCCAGUGCCAGCCAAGGGAUCUCCACGUUGACGCGUCAAGGACUGGAGAUAGUGGAGAUCCUGCGGGAAGCCGAGAAGCAGGGAUUCACGACCGACGAUGUCCAAGUCGCAUUGGCACAAGGUGCCCCGAAUCCGAUCGAGUGGCUUCAGACGCAGUGGCCGCAUCUGGUGGAGACAGUGCAGGUCCUGGUGACCGCACAGGGCAAGGAAUUGAAAGAGAACAGCAUCGGCGUGCUCUCGCCAGCCGAGGCGAAAGAGGCCCUGCGAUCUGUCAAGGGUGACAUGUGGAACGCAGUCGCGACGGCCAUCCAACGCAGGCAGCAGAAAUGUGAACAGAUAAUGGCGAAGGGAAACUUUGCGCUCGCGGAUGUUGUCAGAGCUCUCGACAAUAAUACCGGUGUCGAGGAUGCCACUUUGCUCGAGCUGCAAAAGAAUCAGCUCAAGCCCUUUCUAAUGAGGAUCUGGGGUCCUCCGGUCGGGGUGGAAAACGAGGAGGCUGCACCGCACGAAGACGCAGCGGGUGCGGUGGGCGGGACGGGAAUAGGUCCCGCGGAACAAGUUCCGAAUGUGUCCGAUACGGAGGCGCAGAAGCAGGUAAUGUCACCAAUUGUUGAUCAUUUCGUGGCGUUGCAGGCCGACUUUCAAAAGCAACUGGCAGCCCUCAGAGAACUGACCGAUAACUGGCGACACGAGAAAGAUCCCCCGAACAAACUGGGUAAUAAUAAGUCUGAUAAUCUGUACGACCGCUCCGAUGAGCCCACUGUUCUAAUCGAUCCAAAUCUGGUCCCAAGGGCCGUACAACAAGCGCCCGACGUAGCGGAACCGAGCGAUCUUGCGAUCACGCGGCAAGAACAGGCAACCGUAGAUUCGCGGGACGACUCAAAGUACUCGUUGAACGCUACGAAACCGACAGAAGACCUGGAUCAAGUAGAUGCCGCGUUGCCCACGGAAAUUCCCGCAACCACAAUCAAUGAUCUCGCGAAGACAAGUGUAGUGGACUCCUCGCGCGCGCCUGAAUACUCCUCGAAAACUGACGAUGAUCGUUUGACCGGAGAAUCAUCGACGAUUGACACUGAUAAGACUGUUGUGCGAAUUACCGGAUCCGAGCUGUCAAAAUCUGACGGCCAGAAGAGCGAAAGCGACGACGUCGAGGUGAAACAGACCGCGCGGUCGCACGAAAAGACGAAAGAAAUGCAUGCCGACACCUCGACGACAUCGAUCGACGAAACUGCAGUGACGACGGAAGUUACGAAUUCACCGGAGGAACAGGAAAGAUUAUCGCCAAAUAACGUCGGAGUUGAAGUAUCCUCACCGCAUGGAACUUCUGCGCUUGACACAACGAGUUACACGGAACCGGGUCAGUCCUCUUCUGCGCGUCAGGAAACUUCGAGUGGUCCUGAAUUACCUUCUGAUGUAGGGACGACGGGGAACAGCAGCGAGUCACUCGUCGAAGUUGGGAAGUCUGCGGAAUUGAACGACGCACUCCGUAUCUCUUUCCCGAAUUCGAGUGUUCCCCAACGAGCCGAUAUAUUGCCGCAGCGGACAUCAACGCGAGACGAAUCCUCGAGCGCAGGCACGGCGAACGUGACGGAGAAAGCACACGCGGACGCAUCCGAGAGGGAUCUUGCCACACGGGAGCAAUCUGAUCAGCGUGUCAUAAGGGAAAUCCCCAGGCAGAACGACGAGCCACACGUCGUGACGGUGGAAGCUCUACUAUCCGCCGUGAAAUCGCUGCCGCAGCAGUUUUUGACGCCGUUCAUAACUGCGAUGCAAAUGCUGUCGCCCGAGAAAGGUGAUGUCAACGUAACUUCCGACGUGCAACUUAUGAAUCGAUUAAAUACCUUACACGAUAUGAAGACCGAUGACCCCAAAACCGGCGUGUCUGAGGCCGAAAUCAGCGACAGGAACGUCGGCGCACCAAGGACCCGUGACGCUGACGAAGAAAUGUCUGUUUCUGCAACCGUGCUUGAAAACACAACUGGAUCGGAAGAAGGAUCGCUUCGGGAGAAGGAUCGAAAAGAUAAACAUCCGGACAAAAGUUCUAAAAAAUUGAGGAGCAGCAAGAUUGCCGAUAAGAAGAUCGACACAUCUAAACUUCCGGAUUCUCGGAUGGCAAAGUCCCGCUCGAGCGUUCCAGACAUUAAGCAACAGCAUCAGGAUGUCAGAUCGGUACGUACAGACACGAACGGGUCUAACAUUUCGCAAACUAACAUCGCGACGGAUCUGACAUCCGAAACGUUUUCCGAUUCGCUGGACUUAAUGGACAAAGACAAUCCCGAAGAAUCGCAGACUGCGAAUGAAGUGGCAGCGUCGAGUGUAGGAAUAGCCGGAGUGCCGGACGUCGCCAGGGAAAUACAUUCACGUAAGAAUUCUUUAGAGAUAGUUGACACGCCUGCGAGAGAUAAUAAUCAAGAAAAAUCUGUCGAGGACGAAACGGUGUCGGAGGCAAGAUCAGCUGAGGAAAUGCAUUCAGGUGAAUUAUCGAGCUCUCAUGUGCAACCGUUAACAGCAUCUUCAACGCAUGAUCAAUCUAUCGUUCAGAAACCUCUCGAGCUUACAAUCGCAGGCGAUAGCUCGACUGAUACGCCAUCAUCAUCAAAGGAAGCAAAAAGCUCUUCCGAAAAAGCAUCUCAUGAAAAGCUUCUCGCUGAUAACGCCUUUACAGGCAUUGAUCCACUUUUAAAAAGUGAUUCGUCGCAAGAUAAAAGUUAUUCAUUAGCUUCUAUAAACGAUUCUAACGCGGAAAAAUCGGUCUCUCAAUCGACGACGGAAACAAAUGUUUCACAAAAUGAUCCGAUCGUGCAUAAUUCUAACGCUGAUCAUCCGCCUGUUUCGCGCGAAGUAAUAACAAACGUGACUAAUGUGCAAUCAAAUGAACAGGAUAUUAACAAACGAGACGAACGACAAUCAAACGAUUCAUCUCGCACGCAUGUUUCAACAUCACCAACCUCGUCAAUUUCAUCUCCCGCAAAGGUACCCGAUCAUUCUCUCGACGUUAAAUCACCGCCCAUCGAAAUAUUCGAUAAUCACGGAACGACAUUGCAUCAUGAUAAAAAUGAUACAAAGCCGAUCGUUUCGAAAAAUGCGGUGCACGUUUCGGAAAAAGUAGAACAGACAAUUUCGGUCACAUAUCACACUCCCGCGAGCGACGAUAAAAAUGAAACUACGUUGAAAGAAAACGUGCCCGUUGAACAAAAUACGGUCAAUAAUUUAACCAUUACUCAAUCGCGAAUCGAUGAAAAUAUCCUAUCGCCAUUAACACACUCGCGUGCCCCUGAAAAAAUGGAUUUAAAGAAUCUGCGUGAUCAAGGGACGGAAAUUACAUUUGUCCCGGCAAAAUCUGACAGUUCAAUGAUCGAACCGACCUCAGACAUUCAAUCUAUGACAGAUUCACAAAAUGUCGAAAAUAUUAAAAAUCAAGAUAAAUUGCACUUUUACAAUCCGAGAAAUCCGACAGAUAAUCAUGAAAUAAUUGCACCUCCACAUAAUCACAUAACGCAUGCUAAAGUAAUGUCAACCUCUUUCUCAGAAAAUAAUGUCGGAGCAAAUACUUGUCCUGAAAAUACUUCGCAUCUUGAAAUAUCAAAAAGCUUGGACGAUCCCAAAACUUCAAAACUUACUGUCGAUGAAAACGUCGUUACAAAUAUUAACAAGCCUUCCAACGAAAAUAUACACGAUCAAUUACGCGAAUUAUCAAAUAGUAAUAACAACACGUUUCCUCCCUUAUCUGUCGAACAUGCUCUCCCCUUAGAAUCGAAAGAAAGUAUUUCGUACCCCAUCGAUCGCGAUGAGAAACCUUAUCUCGAAGAUGAAGUUUCUCAAUCUCACGAUGACAAGAAACAGGACGCGCAAAUGUCAAAUUCAACAACAAGGAACAUCUUACACGCGCUUAAAAAUAGCAAUAUAUUCUUCGUAACGCCGACCGAGGGGAGAAAUAUUGCUUCAACAGCCAACAAAGACUCUUUCCCGAAUCCCAUUAUAGCGAAUGUCAGCGACGUGACGCCCGGAAUACCUGACACCUUUGAAAUAAAGAUAUCGGAAUCGCCAGUAACAACGGUGAACGAUUGCGCGCCGAUAAAAAAUAUCGCGAAUAUCGUCGAACGCGAGAUAGAUCAGAUCGAAGGCGUUGAUGCGAUCGGCAAAGAGAAUGCGAAAGACGUCGAUUCGUCCGGGAACGAAAUUUUAAUCGUCGCACGUAACGAACAAAUUGAACCGGCAUCGUCAAAAUUACCGAGUAACGAGAGCUCGAUAGAAAGAAAUACAGACCAAAUAAAUCAAUCUUGUAAAAGCGUAAUUACAAAACCGGUCAUGAAGUACAGAUCGAGAUCGCCUCUUAAAAAAAUCGUCCGAAGAAAGUCGCCCGUUAAGAUAGUAAAAAAAUCAGGUAGCGGACCGAGGAAAAAUUUAGCGCGGAAAAGCGCAAGUCCGUACAGUACGACCGUCACGAAAGCGAGAGCAACGGCUAGCGAGAUUGCUAAAAAGUCGAAUCGAGCAAUGCAGUCCGAUGAAUCGCGAAUUAAAGAACCUUUAAAGUCCACGCGUAUCGCGAGCGAUAAGACAGGCAGUAAUAAUAAAUCAAUUGUUGAUGAUAAAAUAAAAAUGGAGAAAGAUAAUUUAAAACCUAAAACGUUCUUACCGUCAGAAAUACCAGACAAAAUUGUUAAACGGUUAUUAAAUAACACCACUAUGCCAAAAACUACAGGAAGCAUGAAAGUAAAUGACAAUAAAAAACUUCCUACGUCCAGUUCAGAGAAAAUAUCGAUAGUUAAUAACGCGAGUAAUACCGAAUCGCAAACUAAAUUGCCUAUUGUUAAAAAAUAUAAUGGAAAUAAAUCGGAAAAUUCUAAAAACAAAAAUAUUGAAGAUGUCCAAAAUAAAAAUCCGCGAGGCUCGAAAAGUAUAAAAGCGGAGGCUUUUGAAAAUCAAGCAGUAAAAAAAAUAAAUAACAAAAGUGAAAUCUCGAAUGAUGAUAAAAUUCUAAUAAAAACGAAGAAAGAUGAUUUAAAACCUAAAACGACUUUACCGUCGAAAAUACCCAUUCUAAAACAACGAAAAAUCACGCGAGCAACAGACACUGCCCUAUCAAAUUCUUCUAAAAUAAAUGACACGUCUUUAUUAAAGAGUGGAUCGACGAAAUUGCCAGUAAUGUCGCAGGCAGUUUCGAAAUUAUCUUUAAAAAUUCAGGAAAGUACUAACGUAUUGAACCCGCCAACCGUGCGGAAAAUUGAUUCUGAGAAUACUAACAAACUGAUGAGAAAUCAAAUUAAAUCAAGUAACGGAAGGGCGAUUGAAAUUACAGAAAAUGUGAAAGACAAGCAAAUCUUGGAUGAGAAUCAUGCUAAAGAGAGUAAAGAGAGUGCCGUGGAAAGUGAAGAAACCGAAGAACCUCCGAAAGUUAAGUCAAUAGAAUCGGAAUUAAACGAGAAUUCACAAGCGUCGAACUCGAGGCAUAACGAUCCGCCCGCGGAUCUCGGCAAACAAUUGGAAGUCGAAAACGCGAUCGGAGAAAGCUCGGAUCCUUUCAGCUCCGAUUCCGACUAUUCUGAGGGGGACGAGGACACAGGUACGGCGAAGUACAUUUCUGAUCAUAACUCGGAAUACAAUUCCGUCGAGGAGUUCACGGACGCGGAGUUGUUGUUGGAGAAAACGCUAAAUGAGAUAAGAUCUGAAAUAUCGGAGUCUGAAGAGGAGGAGCGCACAAGCGAAUCCGAGGAAAGUGAGGACGUCACUUAUUCGUACGAGACGGAAAGCCACGAUCAUAAUUCCACGUCGUCCGAAGACUCGGUCGACGAACGGGAGAUUAAGUCAAGUGAGCUCGAAGAUUCGGCGGAAGAAGAUGUGUACGAAGACCUACCGUCCGAAGAAGAAGAGACGAAUGAACGGGUCGAAACUUCGGAACAAUUUGAAAUGCCUGAUAAAGAGACCAACGAUAUAAUACACAACGAAACGAGUAACAAUGAAGCCAGCAUUUCGAACGGAACAGAAAGCAUCCCUCAGGUAACGCAAGAAAAUGAAGGAAAUAAUUUAAAGACACCAACAGAAGCUGCCACUACGGUCAUUGAAUUAUCCCGACCGGAAAUGAACGCGGAAAUUAAUGAAAAUAUAUUAAAAGUUUCUCAGAAUCUUAAAACAGAUUCUAACGUUGUUACAAUAGAUUCAGCGGCAGCUUUGUCUUCGACAAAGAUUGGACAGAGUAUAAAAUCCAAGGAAGAUAUCCAGUCAAAAAAGAACGAUUCAAAGAAGAAUGAGAUAAAGCUUGAAGACGCGAGCGAAACUAAGGAAAGGGAUCAGUCAGUAGUGCAGAACGAUACUCUAAAGACAUUUAAAAUCACGAGUAAUGAGUCACGAGAGAAACGCGCGAAGAUAGGUCGAAGGGCGAGUACAGGGAGUAAAGAGAUGAAAAUUGAGAAAGAUGACACGUUAAAGGGGGUGGAUCGGGCGCGAGCGCUCAAGAAACGAUUUUCCCUCGUAGCCAGUUGCAUCCGUCGGUUCGAGGGCGAAGAGAAUGCCGUGAGGGCGCACGUGGAAAGCAUCGGGCGCAAGAGACAAGGAUCUCCCAAAACGGAGCGGGAGAGAAUAGCGCGUCGUCUCCUGGCGGAAGGUCGAGCCGCGAAUUACGAUGAGGCCGAGAUAGCCGCCAGUUUGCUGGCCCUCAAGUUCGGAGACGCCGAGGCACUCCAGGCCGCGAAAGAAUGCCCCAGCGUGGAAUCGGCGCUGGCCUUCUUGCAGCAGGAGUGCGAGCUGUGCACCGGUCGUUUCGCAAUGAGUCAAAUUGUGUCCAUGCUGAAGUGCGUACAUCGCUGCUGCAACGAAUGCGCGAGGAAUUAUUUCACCAUUCAGAUCAGCGACAGGAACAUCACAGAUGCCGUUUGUCCCUACUGCAAGGAGCCUAAUCUCAAAGACGCGAGCGAAGACGAGGUUCUCGAGUAUUUCAGCAAUUUGGACAUCCAACUGAAGACUCUGCUGGACCCGCCGAUUCACGAGCUCUUCCAAAGGAAGCUCAGAGAUCGGACUCUAAUGCAAGAUCCGAAUUUUAAGUGGUGCAUUCAGUGUUCGAGCGGAUUUUAUGCCGAUCCCGGCCAGAAGCGUUUAAUCUGUCCCGACUGUCGAUCUGUCACUUGUGCCUUUUGCCGAAGACCGUGGGAGAAACAACACGAGGGACUCUCAUGCGAGAAAUUUGCCGCUUGGAAAGACGAGAAUGAUCCCGACAAUCAAGCCGCAGGUUUGGCCCAACAUCUGGCCGACAAUGGCAUCGACUGUCCUAAGUGCAAAUUCCGUUAUUCUCUAUCUCGAGGAGGUUGCAUGCAUUUCACGUGCAGCCAGUGUAAAUAUGAGUUUUGCUGCGGUUGCGGCAAGGCUUUCAUGAUGGGGGCGAAAUGUGCGGUCAGCCCUUAUUGCGCCAAACUGGGCCUGCACGCCCAUCAUCCGCGCAACUGCCUCUUCUACCUUCGUGACAAGGAGCCGGCGCAGCUGCAGCAGUUGCUCAGGGAAAACGGCAUCGGUUAUGACACCGAGGGCCCGGUCGGGGAACGCAGGUGCAAGGUGCAACUGCAGAAAGAAACGCCGACCGGGGUAGUGGACGCUGUGUGCAAUUCCGACGUCGUCGAGGGCCACGCCGGUCUGUGCAGGCAGCACUACAUUGAGUACUUGGCGGGCCUGGUGCUCAAGGGCAGGCUGGACCCAGUGGGGAUCUUUGACUUGAACGACGCCAAGCAAGAGUUGCGCCGACGGGGAAAAGUUCCCCCUGCGAAGGACCAGGAAAUGUCCGAGCGGGAUUACCUCGAGGCUUGCAUUCAGGUCGUAAAGCAGGAGAUUCCACUGGAGUGACUGCGGAGGGAGAAUCUCGGGGAAAAAAAGACCGGACGCGCGUAUCCGAAGCCAUAAGUGACAGACCGUAUAUUGUAUAGUGUAUUUAUCUUAUUUGCAUGGACCACGUAAGCUCACAAAGUGAAAAAUAGUGUAGGACCAUUACCAGGAACGGGAGUAUUUGUAAUACAACCGUCAUUUAGUUACGAUAUAAUGCCAAAAACUUAUAUUUUUACUCUUCGACGUGGCGUGAUGCGAUUUGCACGUUAACUCGACGUCUCAUUUGCAAACAUUCGCAAAUAUUCGGCGUGAAGAAAUAGUGUUCAUCUCUACGUGUUCUACUUGUCAGCAACUAAACAUGUGCAACAAUGCAAUCGAAUGUUUCUUUACUUCUUGAUGGAUAGCGUAAUUAUUAAUGUUUGAGAAACAUGUAUUUAUUUCUGCUUUAUAUUACUGUUUUCCAAGAAAUAGAUGAUUUAAUUUAAAAA